ACUCAACAGGAUGAGAUAUAUAUAUUGUAUUAUAUAUUAUAUAUAUAAUAUAUAUGUGCAUAGGAUGCAGUGGAAGAAGAAUGAGAAACAUCUGGCAUGGUGGUGAGACCUGAGGGAGUCAGGAGUUUCCCAGGUGAAGGAGGCAGGGGAAAGGUGCCCCAGAAGAGGAUAUGUCAGGAGUAAAGGUGUGAAGGUGCUAGUGUUCUAAAUCAGAAUAAAUUUAGUAAAUAGAAGGUACCUGAAUAUUCACAUGCACAAAAUUUACUAGCAGUCUUAUAUCAUUUUGACCUUGCUUUUUUUCUAGCUCAGUCUGAAGAAAAGCUGGGCUAAAAAUAGCUCCUGGUACAGUGAUAAAGCAUCCAAGUAACGAUUUCAAGGAGAAAGUUAAGACUAGAUUUAGUUAUUUGGCAAACACUAACUUACAAUAUUGAUGUGCUAAUAAGAAAUCAUCUUACUUAUUAAAGCAGAUCCUUAGAGGCCUGUUUUUGUUCCUCUUACUGGAAUAUCAAUUCCAUGAGGACUUUAAUUCACUGUUUUCUCAGGGCCUAGAACAGUACCUGACAUAUAUUAGAAGCUCAGUAAAUAUUUGGUAUAUAAAGGAAUGAAUCCUAGGCUAUUAUGCUAAAAGUCACUGUGAAUGCUUAAACCAUAUUAGAAAUGUAUUUUUUAAAAAUUCAAGAAUUCAUUCAUUUCCGUUAUUCAGACUAGCCUUUUCUCCAGUGUCUGAGAUACCUAUUGCUAUAUAACAAACUAUCCUAAAACUUAGUGAUUAAAAAAAAUUAUUGCUUAUGAUUUUGUGGAUCUGGAGUUUGGGCAGGGCUUAUUGGAGACAACUUUUUUCUAUUCCACAUGGUAUUGGCUGGGGGUAGAGGGUUCACGAUGGCCUCACCUCCAUGUCUGGGGCCUUGAUACUAGCUGUUACCAAGGAAGCCUCAGUUUUCUUCCAUGUGGUCUCUCAUUAUUUACUAGACUAGGUUGAGCUUCCUUACAUGGUACUGAGAUUGUUCCAAGGUGAAAACAGAAGUUGUAAGAUAUCUUAAGGCCUUGAUCUGAAAGUUAUACACUGUCAGUUAUGCCACAUUCUUCUUCUUCUUCUUUUUUUUUUUUUUGAGACAGAGUCUGGCUCUGUCGCCCAGGCUGGAGUGCAGUGGCACCAUCUUGGCUCGUUGCAACCUCCACAUCCUGGGUUUAAGCAAUUCUCAUACCUCAGCCUCCCAAGAAGCUGGGAUUACAGGCAUGUGCCACCAUACCCAGCUCAUUUUUGUAUUUUUAGUAGAGAUGGAAUUUCGCCAUGUUGCUCAGGCUGGUCUCAAACUCCUGGCCUCAAGCAAUCCACCCGCCUUGGCCUCCCGAAGUGUUGGGAUUACAGGCAUGAGCCACUGCACCUGGCCAGUUCUACCAAAUUAUGUUGGUCAAAGCAAGUCACAGGACCAGCUCAGAUUUAAGUGGAAGGGAAAAGAUUCUACUUUUUGAUUGGAGAAUGUCAAGUUCCUAUAGCAAAGUGGCAUGAGAUGGAAGGUAUUGUUGCAGCUAUCUUUGGAAAUAGUGUGCUACAGUCUGCCCUCUGAACAUAACAAUUCACAUUUCUUCCACGUGCAGAAUAUACUUACUCCUCUCUUAGAAGUCUUAUCCCAUUGUGGCAUCAACCUGGAGUCCCGUAUCUUUUCAUCCAACUAAAGUCCAGAUGCAUAUGAGAUUUCUUAGGCACAGCUGCUCCAGUACAGCUUCUUUAGAUCUAGAAAUCUGUGAAUGAAAAUAUAAGUUACCUGCCUCUGUCUCCCAUCCCCCAUCCAACAUACAGUGGUGAGACAGGGGCAAGAAAACUGUAGUAGAUGCUCUCAUUUAAAAAGAGGAAGGAUUGGAAGCACUGUUCCAUAGCAAUUUUGAAAUUCAUCUGGGCACAUGUUACUAAGUCUCUUACCCCAUGUAUCAAAAAUAUACCUUGAAUAGCCUUUUCACAAGAUGGCGCCGAAAGCAAAGAAGGAAGCUCCUGCCCCUCCUAAAGCUGAAGCCAAAGCAAAGGCUUUAAAGGCCAAGAAGGCAGUGUUGAAAGGCGUUCACCGCCACAAAAAAAAGAAGACCCGCACGUCACCUGCCUUCUGGUGGCCCAAGACACCACGACUCCGGAAGCAGCCCAAAUAUCCUCGGAAAAGCACCCCCAGGAGAAACAAGCUUGACCACUAUGCUGUCAUCAAGUUUCCAUUGACCACUGAGUCUGCCAUGAAGAAGACAGAAGACAACAACACACUUGUGUUCAUUGUGGAUGUUAAAGCCAACAAGCACCAGAUCAAAAAGGCUGUGAAGAAGCUCUAUGACAUUGAUGUGGCCAAGGUCAACACCCUGAUUCAGCCUGAUGGAGAGAAGAAAGCAUAUGUUCAACUGGCUCCUGAUUACAAUGCUUUGGAUGUUGCCAACAAAAUUGGGAUCAUCUAAACUGAGUCCAGAUGGCUAAUUCUAAAUAUAUGUAUAUCUUUUCACCAUAUACAUGCCUCUGUCAAUUUCUGGUUGGGCUGGGAGGCCAUAUACAGGCAUUGACAUUGUAACAGGGCUUGGUCAAGACUCUUGUUUUACUUAUGCUUUUGGAAUACUCACCCUGCCACUCCACCAUGUUUGAUCACUCCAGAGAUCUAUGUGACUAGAGUUAGCAUCAUAGGAAAACCAGAACUCAGAACUUGCCUCCAUGGUUGAGGGUAACAAGAAGCUUUAGAAGAACCCCUUUUAUCCCUGGAAGAGGCUGUGUGUGAAACCAAUGCCCAGAGUUUGAAGGGUAUUAGCAUCCAUUUCAGGCGAGUGUGGGUUGGCUGGCUUUCAUGUAGCAUUUUGUCCUCAUACACCCAUCUACUAUGGUCCAACUGGUCUGUCUGCUUCCCUCACUCCUUGUGCAAUAAAGAACAAGGACUUCAAAAAAAAAAAAAUAUAUAUAUAUAUAUAUACCUUGAAUAGUGCCCAGUUCUGCUCUUUGAGA